AUUAAUUCUUUAGGACACAGGAGAAUCCACCUGGGUGGAACUUUUUAAAUUGGAGCUAAUGAAGAAUGCCCACUUGCCUCAUGGUGCCUGUGCUCACGUCAAAAUAAUGCUGCCUCCAACAUUUGAGACAGUGAAGUCCACAAAACGCCUACUUAGAUUAUGCUUACUAUUACAACAGCCCUCAACAAUAUGGAAGGAAUUCACGAUAAAAAAUUUGCAAUUAUUCGACGAGUACUUAGUUCACGAUAAAAAAGAAACUACAGGAGAUGGUGAGGGUUACAACACUUCGAGUGUGAGUGAUGCACAAAAUAACUUAGGAACACUUUGCAGUCUCAUCGAAUAUAAGCAAGGAACACGAAGUUCUAGAUAUGUAAGCAAACCAGAUAUCUCAUUGUUAACCAAUGGACACUUUGAGACGACAUGAAAUAAGUAUAAAACCUCUGGGAAUAAGCUUUAUUAUCUGAAUAUCAUAAAUUCAAAAUACAACUCAAUGUAUGAAAGAAAAGCACCCACCGACACGAGGCUUAUAUUACAUAUAUAUGCUGUUACGGAAACUAACUUAAUAUGGAGAUAAAGGGGAGUGUUUGGCCCAGCAGAGGUUCACCGUACCAAUCCAAUAUCUCAAGAAAAUGCCGGACAAAAUGUACUUUAAACACGUUUUAAACUAUAAC